AUGAAGACUCUUACAAACAUCAUCUACGUCGCCGUUUUCGUCGGCCUAUUGGGCUCGCCGGCGAUCAAAAUUGCCGCAGGCUUCGAUUAUGGGGAUGCCCUUAUUAAGAGUUUGAAGUUCUUCGAGGCACAAAAGUCCGGUAAACUUCCAGCUAAUCACCAAGUUAACUGGAGAGGCGAUUCUGGACUCAGAGAUGGGUUUCAGCAGGAGGUGGACUUGGUGGGAGGGUAUUAUGAUGCAGGUGAUCAUGUGAAGUUUGGAUUUCCAAUGGCAUUCACUGUAACUCUGCUUGCAUGGGGAGCUAUAGAUUUCAGGCACGAAAUCGCGGCGGCGAAUCAAUUGGGGAACACCUUGGAUGUCAUUAAAUGGGGAACUGAUUACUUCAUCAAGGCUCAUACUCAACCUAAUGUUCUAUGGGCACAGGUUGGAGAUGGUUAUUCUGAUCACUAUUGUUGGGAGAGACCAGAAGAUAUGACGACAUCGAGAACUGCUUACAAGGUUGAUGCUCAACAUCCUGGUUCUGAUAUUGCCGGCGAGACUGCGGCGGCGCUGGCCGCAGCUUCUUUGGCUUUCAAGCUUUACAACUCUACGUAUUCAAGCCUCUUGCUAUCGCAUGCAAAACAGCUUUUCUCAUUUGCUGAUAAUUUUCGAGGUCGAUACGAUGAUUCAAUCUCAAGUGCUCGAGAUUUCUAUCCCUCUGCAUCUGGUUAUUCGGAUGAAUUGUUAUGGGCAGCUUCCUGGCUCUUUAGAGCGACGGGCGACCAAUACUAUCUCAAGUAUGUCUCUGAUAAUGCUGGUUCCUUGGGUGGCACUGGAAUGGCUAUGACAGAAUUCUCUUGGGACAACAAAUAUGCUGGUGUACAGAUUCUUCUUUCUAAGGUGUUGUUGGAAGGGGCUGGUAACUAUUACACUUCCACUCUAAAGCAGUAUAAGGCAAAAGCAGAUUAUUUUGCAUGUGCCAAUCUGCAAAAGAACAAUGGUUAUAAUGUGCCUUUGACUCCAGGGGGCUUGGUACAUUUGCACCAGUGGAAUAACAUGCAGUAUGCCUCCUCUGCUGCAUUCCUUCUCGCAGUCUACUCUGAUUAUCUUUCUGUGACAAAUGCUGUGCUAAGUUGUCCAGGCGGUCAAGUCCAACCUGAAGCUCUCCUGAAGUUUUCUCAAUCACAGGCUGAUUACAUUCUUGGCAAAAAUCCAAAGUAUUUGAGUUACUUGGUUGGGUUUGGAGAGAAUUAUCCAGUUCAUGUUCACCAUAGAGGUGCUUCAAUCCCUUCUAUAUAUGCUCUCCAAUCUACCGUUGGCUGUGUCGAUGGGUUUGAGGAAUGGUAUAAUCGACCCGAGGGAAACCCCAAUGUGUUGGUUGGAGCACUUGUGGGAGGUCCUGACAUGUAUGAUGGCUACUCUGAUGAAAGGUCCAAUUAUGAACAAUCUGAGCCUACUAUUUCUGGUGCUGCUCCUCUUAUAGGCCUUUUCUCCAAGUUGCAGAGUCUUUCAGGAACUUCAGGUUCUUAUUCCAAGCCAUCACCAGCGCCCUACCAUAAAGCAUUACCAGUACCCCACUACCAUAAGGCAUCACCAGUACCCCACUAUGGAGCAUCAAAGCUACCGGUUGAAUUCCUUCACUCAAUCACGGCUACCUGGAGGAUCGGACAAAUGACCUACUACCGCCAUAAGGUUAUCAUCAAAAACACAUCCAUGAAGUCAAUCACGUACCUUAAACUGGCGUUUAAAAACCUGUCAGGGCCAAUAUGGGGCCUUUCCACAACUGCAGAGAAGAAUAUAUAUUUACUUCCUCACUGGAUCAAAGUAUUGAACCAUGGCUCACAAUGCAUCUUUGUUUAUAUUCAAGGAGGACCUCAAGCUAAGAUUUCAGUUAUAAGCUACCAUUGAUCACACCGGAAGAGGAUGCAAACUCAAAUUUAGUGAGAGAAACAAGAGCAUUUUUACAGUUCCAUGAGGUUCAUAUACUGUCAUAUAUAUAAUUAUUUAGUAACCAUCAUAUCAAAUGGUUUGUUCAUGCUGGUGGUGAUUAAGUCUCCACAUUAAAAUAUGAAUGAACCUUCCCUUUUCUCUCGCUUAAAUGUGAUGAAAUUUUUGUUCCAAAACAAUGUAAAUGUCCUCUUUUAUCUGUACUUUUGGUGUUCAUUCCAAGUUACUUCAAAGUUUAAGAUAAGCCUCAAUAGUC